AUGGCCUUUUAUCGGUUAUUUACUGGUGGUUGCAGCAAGUUAAAACGGCCCGACCUGAGGCCGAUUCUAUUUUUACCUAUAUUAACAUCGGGAGGUGUAAUUAACCUAAGAUGGCCAACCAUAACAAAAAUCCAGGAUGUCCAAAAACUUCAACGGGCUUUCUGGAUUCAAUCGUACAUGAAUCCUCUGCUGAACCUUUUCCGCACUGGCAAUGUCGUACAAUUGGUAUCAAAGAUGACAGGUUGCACAUUGCAGAUCUUACAAACCUUAGAUGGUAAAUUGAUCGUAGACGCCAAAGGAAGUGUCGGUUAUGGUGCUUUUAAUGCUUCAUGGACUGUAAUUAAUGAAGGCGAGAACAAAGUUCGACUUCAUAAUAACAACAAUUAUUUGGCGAUUGUCGACGGCUACACACAAGUCGUCCGUCUGCCUCCUGACACCAAACACGGAGUGGAAACUAAAUUCCAUGUCUCUCAAGCUGGAGAAUGGGCUUUAUUUCAAUCUGUACAUGAACCAAACCAUUAUAUUGCUGUUUUUCCUGAUGGAUAUCUGCGGCCUGCUAAGGAUUCGAUCCGUGGACCAAACGCUCAUUUCGGAGUACAGCUAAUCUCUUCACCCUAUGCGCAAACACAUCCCAAAAAGUAA